AUGGUUUGCACUAACUGCAGUGAAUCAUUAACCGCAGCAGCCUGUGGAUUUCUUCUGUACCGUCCUCAGGUGGACACAUGGCAAGGGCCCCAAUGUCUUGGCUCCAGCAGAAGGGCCUCGUUCGUCUGCUGGAGGGAAGCAGACUGUACACAGCCCCGAUGUGACCAACCGAUUAAAUCAGCUCAUAGAACCAAAGUUCACUGUCACAGGCAGCAGAACCAGGAGCGUCCUCCGCCCGUGAGCUGCCCUUCGCUGAGCGGGACAGAAUUUGCAGUCAUGGCUACAGCAGGCUAUGGAUACUACAGAGCAACCAUAUUCCUGGCCAUGUUUGUGGGCUACACUCUGUACUACUUCAACAGAAAGACUUUCUCCUUUGUGAUGCCGUCUGUGAUGGAGGAAAUUGAACUGGAUAAGGAUGAUCUGGGCAUGAUCACCAGCAGUCAGUCUUUGGCCUACGCUAUCAGUAAGUUCAUCAGUGGUGUGCUUUCGGACCGAAUCAGCGCCCGCUGGCUCUUCUCCAUUGGCCUGUUCAUCGUGGGAAGCAUCAAUGUGGUGUUCUCCUGGUCGUCCACCGUCGCCGUCUUCUCGGCCCUGUGGUUCCUCAACGGUCUGGGCCAGGGCCUGGGCUGGCCUCCCUGUGGCAGGGUGCUGCGCAAGUGGUUCGAGCCCUCGCAGUUCGGGACGUGGUGGGCCAUUCUCUCCUGCAGCAUGAACCUGGCGGGCAGUUUGGGCCCCAUUAUUGCCACAGUGCUGUCUCAGAGUUACAGCUGGAGGACGAUACUGUCGGUCUCUGGAAUCAUUUGCGUGGUGGUCUCGUUCUUCUGCCUGCUCAUCAUCAAGAAUGAACCCAAGGAUGUGGGUCUGCCCAAUAUAGAGGUGACAGCCAAGAAGAGCAAAGGAGGAUCCUCCGGUGAUGACAGCACCCUGUCUGAGUUCCUGCUGUCUCCCUACCUGUGGCUGCUGUCCGUGUCCUAUCUGGUGGUGUUCGGGGUGAAGACGGCCUGCACAGACUGGGGGCAGCUUUUCCUCAUUCAGGACAAGGGCCAGUCAACACUCAUGGGUAGCUCAUACAUGAGUGCCCUGGAGGUUGGAGGUCUGCUGGGCAGCCUUGCAGCAGGGUACCUCUCUGACAAGGCCGUGGCCAAACAAGGCACGAGGCUCUAUGGAAAUCCCCGCCAUUUUAUCUUGAUCUGCAUGAUGGCUGGCAUGUUUGUGUCCAUGUACCUGUUCAGAGUCACAGUUACUGCAGACAGUUCUAAGGUGUGGAUACUCAGCUUGGGUGCAGCUUUUGGCUUUUCCUCCUAUGGACCAAUAGCACUAUUUGGAGUUAUAGCCAAUGAAAGCGCUCCAUCCAACUACUGUGGGACAUCACACGCGAUUGUUGCUUUAAUGGCCAACAUUGGUGGCUUCCUGUCUGGUCUGCCAUUCAGCACCAUUGCCAAGCAUCACGGCUGGGAAAUGGCCUUCUGGGUCGCAGAGAUCACCUGUGGUGUCACGACUGUUGGAUUCUUUCUACUGCGCAACAUUCGAACUAAAAUGGGUCACAUCUCCAAGAAGGCAGAAUAAAACAUCACAACCUCAUCCUCAGUGGCCAGAAGACCACACUUUUAAACCAUUACUGUAUUUUCAUAUUUUUUUCCAAAGUAUUUUGAAAAUGUUCAUAUAGAACAUACAUGUAAAUCUUUUUUUUCCCCUUAGGGAGCUUGUAAGUUUGUCUACAUUUAGUGAUUAAUCUCUACAUGCAAUUCAUCAAGGGAAUGUCUGUGACUGCACUUUGUCUACAUUAAUAAAAUGUUACAAAACUGGAAA